UUCCUCUUCUCACUCGACCCGGGCGCAUAAGGAAAAUGGAUGUACACCGGGAGGUGGAGGUGGUGGAGUCGUGCAUGGUGACGCCCAGCAAGGACACGCCUAGCCAUGGCCUCUGGCUCUCACCACUCGACCUCAACAUGGUCAAUAGAGGCCACACCCCUACCGUCUACUUCUACAGCUCCAGCUCCGGCGUCGUCGACGACUUCUUCGACGUGACCAGGCUGAAGGUGGCGUUGGCCAAGGCUCUCGUGGCCUUCUACCCUCUCGCCGGCCGCCUCAGCGUGGACGGCGACGGUCGGGCGGAGAUCAACUGCGCCGGCCAGGGCGUGCUCUUCGUCGUCGCACGCUCGGACCUCACCGUCAACAGCUUCGUCGACUUCCAGCCGUCUCCCGAGCUGAGGAGGCUCUUUGUCCCCCGCGUCGAGGACCCGCCGUCCAUCAUGUGCGCCAUUCAGGUGACCUUCAUGAGAUGCGGCGGGGUGACCAUGGGGACGGCGCUGCACCACACCGCCAUCGACGCUGUAAGCGCAGCCCACUUCUUCCAGACGUGGUCCGCCUUCUCCAGAGACGGUGAUGGAGCCAGCGGGGUGGCGUUCGAGCUCCCGUGCCACGACCGCACCCUCCUCCGCGCGCGCUCACCGCCCGUCGUCCACCCCGACGCUCUCACCGUGCUAUGCCCGAAGCUAAGCCAAUCCGAGCGGUCGGCCCCCGCGGUCAACGAGAUCUUCCUCGUCUCGAGCGACCAGGUGGCCGCUCUGAAGCGCGCCUGCGCCGGCAGCGGCGAUGGUGGCGGUGGCCGCGUGAGCACGUUCUGCGCGGUGGGCGCCCACGUGUGGCGGUCCAUGUGCGCCGCCCGCCGGCUGCCGCCGGACGCCACGACUCGGCUCACCUUCCCGGCAAAUAUCCGGCGCGCCCUGAGGCCGCCUCUGCCGGCGCGCUACUUCGGGAACGGGACCAUCAGCCUGGGCACCGCCGGCAAGGUGCGUGACAUCGGGUCGGAAGAGCUGGGCUCCGUCGCCGCGCGGAUCAGUGGCGCCGUCCGCCGGAUGGACGACGAGCUGGUGCGUUCCGCGAUUGACUACCUGGAGAUGAACGGCGGCCGGCAGCCGGGCCGUGGCGCCCUGCCGGAGACAGAGCUGAGGGUGGUGAGCUGGCUGGGCAUGCCGAUGUACGACGCGGAUUUCGGGUGGGGGAAGCCGCUCGCGAUGCACCGCGCGGUGCAGCAGCGUGGCGGGAGCGUCUGCCUCAUGGACGGCCCCAGCGGCGGCGUGCGCAUCCUCGUGUCUGCAGAGGCUGCUGUUCUCGUCGACUUCCGGCGCCUGUUGUAUGCCAUCUUCUAGUUACUUCAGCCGCCGUUCGUUUGGAGUCUACUCGGGGCAAGUGGCUCAUUAUGCAUACAUGUUACAACUAAAAGGCAUUCAUCAUUUCAUCAUAUGUACCAUUAUCUAGCUACUCUAUCUUAUU